AUGAAUAUGUUGGAUGAUGAAGAUGACCAAAGCUUUCACGCUACGCGUGACGGCUACUCCCAUUUGAGCGAUGUCGAAUGGGAUGCGGUUGAACGAAUGGGUUCGACCAUGGGCAUCCAUGCUGUUAGCGUCAUGCUAGAGGCUCUCAAUAGAGAUGCCCAACAUGCUACUAUCGCCAAGUUCAUUCAAAAUGAACUUGACGCAGAACGCGAGAAAGUAGCCUUGCUUCACCAACAAGGUUCUCAACAAGCAGAGUUGUUGAGAGAACAAGGUGCUCAACAGUUUGAACUGUUGAGACAGCAGCAGGCUGCUGCUGGCGGGUCGAUGCACUCGCGUCGGCCCGAGACUUUGAAGAUUGACAUCUCAAAGUAUAGGGGGGUCGAAGAAGACUCCCUCUUGAGAUGGUUCGUCGAAUUGGAUGACGCCAUAAGGGCGCGUCGCAUCGACGACGGGGAUAUGCAAGUUGCAUUUGCCCAGUCAAAUCUGGCAGGACGUGCCAAGACUUGGGCACUGGGGCUCAAGCUGCACGACCCAUACGCGUUUGGGUCGUUGGAAGUCUUCAAGUCGCGGCUCAGACAAACGUUUGAACCGCCUAGAGCUGAGUUCAGAGCUCGAACCGAACUCUUGAAGCUCAAGCAGGGUAAGCGUGAUGUGCACGCUUACGCUCAACAUAUACGACAUCUCACGAGUUGUAUAAGUUCCAAUCCGGUGGAUGAACACACGUUGGUUUCGGUGUUCAUGCAGGGUCUUGCGGAUGGUCCCGUCAAGACUCACCUGUUCCGGCUUGAACUAGAUUCACUAGAACAAGCCAUUUCCAUUGCGGAGCAGGAAGACUUCAGUCUGAGACAGGCUCGCGCCAGCUCGACAUCAUAUCGUCAACCGAGACGAUAUGACAACGGAGGUCCAGAGCCGAUGGAACUCUGUUAUGUAGAGAGCGAGAAGGCUCGCUCUACAGGCUACAAGAAGUUGCAGAGAUGCAACAGAUGUCAAAAGACAGGACACUAUGCUUACGAGUGUAGUGCCCCUCGUCCAGUGUCUCGCGACACUGGGCGUAGUGACCGUCCACCCAUGAGAAAGGGGCAGGGACGAGGGUCCGCAGUUGGUGCAAAGACGCAACAACGGGAUGGACCGUCAAAAAACGGACAGGAUCAGUAG